GCGGCGCUGACUCCACAUCCGGGAAAGGAGAGGAGAGCGGAAGUGGCGUUGGUCUGGCCGGAGCCCUUGGGUGGAUUUGUUAGGCGUGGAGAGGGAGUGAUGUCUUCCAGACUCGGUGCAGUACCCGCUACACCGGAACCCACAUCCUUUAAGCAGCAGAGGAGCACGAAGAUCGUGGGAGCUAAGAACAGGACCCAGUGCUCCAUAAAAGAUAAUAGUUUCCAGUACACUAUCCCUCACGAUGACUCCUUAAGUGGUUCAUCAUCUGCCUCAUCAUGUGAGCCAGUGAGUGAUUUUCCACCGUCCUUCCGAAAAUCCACCUACUGGAUGAAGAUGAGAAGGGUCAAGCCAGCUGCUGCUUCCCGUGUCGAAGGGUCAGGUGGAGUAUCAACCAAAGGAAAAAGGAAACCCAGGCAGGAGGAAGAUGAAGACUAUCGAGAAUUUCCUCAGAAGAAGCAUAAACUUUAUGGGAGGAAGCAACGGCCUAAAACUCAACCUAAUCCCAAAUCCCAGGCUCGUCGUAUUCGGAAGGAACCACCAGCUUAUGCAGCAGGCAGUUUGGAGGAACAGUGGUACUUAGAAAUUGUGGAUAAAGGCAGCGUCUCCUGUCCUACCUGCCAGGCAGUGGGGAGAAAGACCAUAGAGGGCUUAAAGAAACACAUGGAGACCUGCAAACAGGAAAUGUUUACUUGUCAUCAUUGCGGGAAACAGCUUCGUUCCCUGGCAGGGAUGAAGUAUCACGUCAUGGCAAAUCAUAAUAGCUUGCCCAUUUUGAAGGCUGGGGAUGAAAUAGACGAGCCAAGUGAGAGAGAACGGCUCCGGACAGUUCUAAAGAGACUGGGCAAGCUCAGGUGCAUGCGUGAGAGUUGCUCUAGUAGCUUCACCAGCAUCAUGGGAUAUCUGUACCAUGUCAGAAAAUGUGGCAAAGGGGCUGCAGAGCUGGAGGAGAUGACCCUGAAAUGUCACCACUGUGGAAAGCCAUAUAAGUCGAAGGCUGGACUUGCGUAUCACCUGAGGUCAGAGCAUGGGCCUAUCUCAUUCUUUCCAGAGUCAGGACAGCCAGAGUGCUUAAAGGAGAUGAGCCUGGAGCCAAAGAGUGGCGGUCGAGUUCAGAGGCGUUCUGCCAAGAUAGCUGUAUACCACCUGCAGGAGUUGGCUUCUGCUGAACUGGCCAAGGAAUGGCCCAAGAGGAAGGUGCUUCAGGAUUUGGUACCUGAUGAUCGGAAGUUAAAAUAUACUCGCCCUGGGCUACCUACCUUCAGCCAGGAAGUCCUACACAAAUGGAAGUCAGAUAUCAAGAAAUAUCAUCGCAUUCAGUGCCCUAACCAGGGUUGUGAGGCUGUCUACAGUAGUGUAUCAGGCCUUAAAGCUCACCUGGGCUCUUGUACCUUGGGAAACUUUGUGGCUGGAAAAUACAAGUGUCUUCUGUGUCAAAAAGAAUUUGUGUCAGAGAGUGGUGUCAAGUAUCAUAUCAACUCUGUCCACGCCGAGGAUUGGUUCGUUGUAAACCCGACGACAACCAAAAGCUUUGAAAAGCUAAUGAAGAUAAAGCAGCGUCAGCAGGAAGAAGAAAAGCGGAGGCAGCAGCACAGGAGCAGAAGGUCUCUGCGAAGGCUGCAGCAGCCUGGCAUCGAGCUUCCAGAGGCAGAGCUGAGUCUUAGAGUAGGGAAGGAUCAGAGGAGGAGUAAUGAGGAAUUGCUAGUGUCGGCCUCCUGUAAGGAACCGGAGCAGGAGCCUGUGCCGGCACAGUUCCAGAAAGCAAAGCCCCCAAAGACUAACCAUAAACGAGGAAGGAAGUAGGCAGGCAGUGCGAAAGCUCCUAGGAGGGUGGACGUGAUGCUGUUGUCAUGGGGACCUGUGCUGGGAGGACUGAGUCACGGGGGCUGAGUGAGGAGAAAUGUCCUUUUCCAGCUGUUUGUGUAAGGCUGUGACUUUCUCAGCUCCUUCCUCCUGUGUAAAUUUCACUGUUCUCCCUAUUUAUUCACUUUGGCCCCACCCCCAUCCCCACCCCUUUUGGGUAGGUUUUCCUGCUAUUCCUCAUUGGAGUCCUCUUGUUUUUCUCUUCUCUUGCCCAAAGAGCUCCCUCUUAAGGUUAACUGUGGGCCCCUCUUGCCCUCUACAAAACUGAGAAACCCGUUUGGUUGUCCUUUUCCUUCCUGGGCUAUAGAAUGUUCUUGGACUCUCCACUGAUUAAGUAGUCAUUCCAUCAUCUCGCUUAUAAAACAAUUCCAAAUUAAUUUUUAAAAAUCAUACUGACUUCUCAUUUUGUAUUUGUGAUAUAACAAUCCUAGAAGCUAGAACUGUCGUCACUCAUGUCAUAAGCUUAUCCUGUCUCCUUGGGAAACAGAUUUUAUGGAGGCUGUUUGUUCUCUCAAUAUGGUUUUAGGAUUGAAAGUAAGAAAAUGGAUUUAGGAUGAAAAAGCUAGAACCUCUCUACACUGGUUUUCCUGGGAAAUGUUUUGUUUGUCCCAAGUAGCGGUGACUGACUGACUAGACCCACAAGCAUGAAAAGCAGACCAAACAUUAACAUGUCCCAAAUGUGAAAAUGAUUGGAAAGAAGGAAGUAGAAGAAGCAAUAAAUACUGCCUUGACUUU